UUGUGAGAACAGACGCCAAAGACCCACUUUCUGAGAGAAAGAAAGAACAUCUGCACAUAAGAUGCUGUUGUUGCAACUGGUGUUGCUCACGGUUCUUGUCCCAGGUGGUGACAGUGACGAUGUCUGUCUGUUCUUCUGGCACAGACUUCCAGGAGCCGAUCACUUUUCGAAUCAUCCAGACCGCAUCUUUUUACAACCGUGCCCGGGCACAAAAUCAGGGUUCAGCUUGGCUGGGACAGCUGCAGACUCAUGGCUGGGACAGCAAGACCGGAGCUUUCAUUUUCCUGCAGCCUUGGUCCAGGGGCAACUUCAGCAAUCAGCAUUUCAUGGAACUGGAAAAGUUAUUCCAUUCGAACUCCAUUAGAUUUCUUCAGGUAUUUCAGGACCACGUCAGUCAAUGGCAGCUUGAAUAUCCCUUUCAGGUCCAGCUGGAAGGAGUCUGUGAGCUGCACCUUGGAGAAGCAUCAGUAGGAUUUGUGAGGGUUGCAUAUCAAGGAUCAGAUCUCAUGAACUUCCAGAACACGUCAUGGUGGCCAUCUCCAAAGGGAGGAAGGAGGGCUCAGCAGGUCUGCACAGUCUUCAAUCAGUACCAUGUGGUCAAUGUAAGAACACAGGCACAAAUCAAUGACAUCUGCCCCCGUUUCCUCUUGGGUCUUCUUGACGCAGGAAAGACAGAUCUGCAGCGACAAGUGAGGCCAGAAGCCUGGCUGUCCACUGGCCCCAGUCAGGGGCCUGGCCAUCUGCUCCUUGUGUGCCAUGUCUCUGGCUUCUACCCAAAGCCAGUGUGGGUGACGUGGAUGCGGGGUGACCAGGAGCAACAGGGCACCCGGCGAGGCGACGUCUUGCCCCAUGCUGAUGGGACAUGGUAUCUUCAGACAUCCUUGGAUGUGGAAGCCAGGGAGGCAGCCGGCCUGUCUUGCCGAGUGAGACACAGCAGUCUAGAAGGCCAGGAUAUUGUCCUCUACUGGGAGCAGCACCGCCCCGUGGGCUUGGUAUUACUGGUGGUGGUCGUGCCCCUGGUGCUUCUGGCAGGUCUUGCGUUCUGGCUCUGGAAGCGCUGGAAAUCACACUGGAGACAUCAGUGCACUGGCCUUCCUUUGGAGUAAGAUCCCUGCAGCCCCGGUUCCAGCACUUACCUAAACCCAGCUCAGUGGUGAUGGAUUUGCAAGUCUCUGUGUGCAACUUUUGUCUUUCCUUUCUGCUCAAUGAUCAGUUGUCAAUAUCAGCUGAGUGUCAUUUAGUGGGAUGUGUUAUUCUCACCUCUUUCUGGGACUUAAAGCUCAAAAUUCUCUCAAAGUAAAAUGAAGUCUGAGUACCUCCCUGGGUCACAGGCAACAGAUGUCAUUUCCUCCUGGGAGCCCUCCCCGAUUCACAAGUGGAAGGAGUCUGUGCUUUGUGAGAGUUUCACACCACCUUUAGUUUCUUUUUGGAAAUGUAUGCCUCCCUUCCCAUCCUUUGUGACCAAGCAGUUAGGUCCAUUUUCCCUUCUAAUUCGUAGACAUUUUGUGGGCAAAGUCCAUGUCUUUUUAAUAUUUGUAUCCUUGGCAAAGAGUCUCACCUGCAUGGAAUAUGUCCUCAACAAAUACCUGUGUUGAAUUUAUGCCAAUUUUAUACUUUUUUCUUUUUCUCGUGAUUCUUGUCAUGUUUGUGGUGGUUGAGAUGUUUGAUGCUCUUUUUGUGAAAGGUCUUCUCAUUUUUCCUCGAGACUUGAUACCUUCAUGGUUCCUUGGUGACAUCUCUGAACCCCUGAGGAGAACAUAGUUUUGUCUGUGGAUAUUUCUAUUAUUUAAACCAGACACCUGUUGGAGUGGACCUGUUGUGGAUGAAAGGAGGAGGGCAGAUGCAGGUCCUGGGUGUUUGAGGCCCUCAGGACAGCAGCAGAGACGUCACCUUGGGGUUUGUUGGCAAUAUAGGGGCUUGGGGCUCACUGCAUCACAAUUUUCUUUUUAAGAAAAUCAGCAGGGGAUUUACAGGUGCAUAAAAUACGAUGCCCGAGAGGUAGCGCUGUGAGUGUGUCCUUGGAGGGAAACGAGUGGGCCCAGAAAAGAGAACAAGAGUGUUGUGCUCAGGAAAGAACGGGGGUCUGGCAGGGAGAGGGCAUACAGAGCAUCCUCACAUUCGUGGCUUCUGUGUUACAGUCGCUGAGGGCACAGAGUCAGCCACAUGAGCUGUUAUUCCUGGGGGAAAUACAGGGUUACAGAUCUUGGAGCUUUUGCCCCUUGAUGAAUACACAGCCUUGUUUCAUGUGUGUUUUUGUUGUUUUUGUUUAAAGACAGCAUAUAUAUAUAUAUAUAUAUAUAUAUAUAUAUAUAUAUGUAUGUAUAUAUGCUUUAUUUACCUAUACUGAAAUGCCAGCUCAGAAGUGUUUCACAUUUCCAGCCUUGGGUACUGUGGUCACCAGUGUCUUUGGCUUUCAGUCUCACAGCUCUGCUGCCCAUGAUCCUCUUAGAAACAAGCAAGAAAUGGUCACCAUCUCAUGCCUCCAUGAAUAUAGCUCCUUUACUGUUAUGUCAUCAUCGUGUCCUAAAUAUGACUUUAGCACUUUCUGGAGUGGCUCCACAUGGACGUCACAAAUUUCCUGUUCAUUUUCCUGGAUUUUUGCAUUGUUGAUUCAUUGCCACUGACCUCAUGGCCCACAACUGCCUUGUGAGCCUGAGUGAGCCUUACCCACACAGGUGUUUUUGUCUGUGAGGCACAUCCCGCCUUCUGUGCUUAGGACCACCCAUGCUCCUUGUAGCUCUGGGCUUCAGGGUCAUUUUAAAUACAAAAUCACCAAGAAAGAGCAUGUAAAUGCAGAAAGUGUGGCAAAUGGAUCAUGAAUAGGACACAUGUUUGCAGUGUGGGAAUUCACACAGGAAGGCAGAGCGGUACCUGGUUCAUCCUCACCGGGGAACAUGUGGGGUGUGUGACACAUGUCGGCCACUCUAUGUGUCCAUGAACAUCAAUGAGCACAUGUGUCUGGGGUUACCAAUCAAUGCCAGUAGGAAGACCAAUCUGCACAGACAGACUCCGUGAAUAAUGAACAUGGACUCUUUGUGACUUAUGACCCCAAAGGCAGUGGAAACAUCCAUGGACAGACUUCAGUUACUGUAGAUUUCAUUAAUUCACUCAAUAAACAUUUCUCAAGCCCUGACCAUGCAGCAGGGACAUUUGGAGUAUAAGGUAGUGGGGAGGAAAAGGUCAUUAUAGUCUUUGGGGCUUGAAAAUUUUGCUUUCUUGAUUUUUUAAGAUUUUAAUUGUUGUUUCUAAAUAGUUUCUUAGUACAGGAAUUUUCUGGGUUUAAUUAGGGGAAAGGGACUUAGCUGCAAUUUGUUCAGGGUCUGAGAGGAGAGGCUCAGGGCAGAAGAACAUUCAGAGGGAUCCAAGUGCAGACUCCCACUGUUGCACAUGUGGACAUUUCUGGAAUAAUAAUGUUAAGAUGGGAGAGGUGGCAAAGGUGAAAAACAUCGGUAGGGAGAGAGAAAAUCAUGGGACUUUUCCAAACUUCUCUUCUAGAUUGGACUGUUGGCCUACUUCUCUAGGGUCCAGUCUACUUUGUCACCCUCUCAUGGCCACCUUGUGGCUUUUGGUUGGUUGACUCCACUCUCAUGUGUAGCCCUGGACUCUUAUCAGCCCGAGUCCAUCAGGAGAAAGCAUCCUUGACAAUGUGAUGGGAUGAAAGAUGGACAUUAACUUCCAGUUUGGCCAAUCAUCAGACAGAAGCCACUUAUCCUUGCCCAGAGUGAUGGGCACUGGCUCCAGAUGGCUCAGGUUACAGGUGUUCUGAUUCUUGUGGUCAAUGGCAGGCAAUGAGAUGCUCUCUCUUGUCCUGGAUAAGAAGGUUGGGGUAUGAAGUGUGAAACUAUGACCCAUUUUUCAGCAUACGAGAAGCAAGGCUGAGGAUAACACCUUCAUGCAAGAAGGCAGAGAAAUUGUAUACAUGAAAUUUUCCUGGAAAGUAGGAUCUAAAGUGUUCUCAACACAAGAAUGAAAAAGAAAAGAAUAGAAAGAGCAGAGGAUCCAGACGUGAGGUGGUGGCUGUGCUAACUAGUGGGAUUGUGGGCCUCAUGUCACCAUGAACACACACACCGAACAUCAAAUGGUACUUCAUUUUAUGUUUUUAAAAGAAACGGAGCGGGAUGCCUGGGUGGCUCAGUCAGUUGCAUAUUGGACUUUGGCUCAGGU